GAAAUCAUUACCGGGGGGAGGGUUGGUUUAUUUUUCCCUCUCCCCCUUUUUUGUUUUGGAGGGAGAUUUCGGAAGAUCCUCCAUCCUUCUUUCCCCUCCCCUCCAAAUUUUUUUUUCCUCCUUCGUCUUUGUGGAAAUGUGGACAUUUCAGGCAGACAGAUUGAGUGGAAUUGUCUCUGCUUUAGCAGCUCUUUGUCUCGCCUGCUGUGCGCAAAGCCCAUCCACUGGGAAUAUUUCUGUGGUGAAAGAGAUUGUGGACAAACUGCUGAAGGGCUAUGAUGUCCGCCUCAGGCCUGACUUUGGAGGUAACCCUGUCACAGUGGGAAUGAGCAUCCAUAUCUCCAGCAUUGACCAGAUCUCUGAAGUCAACAUGGACUACACCAUCACCAUGUACUUCCAGCAGAGCUGGCGGGACAAACGCCUGGCAUAUAAUGACCUUCCUCUCAACCUAACCCUGGACAACAGGGUGGCUGACCAGCUGUGGCUGCCUGACACCUAUUUCCUGAACGACAAGAAGUCCUUUCUGCAUGGGGUGACGGUGAAGAACCGCAUGAUUCGGCUCCAUCCUGACGGCACUGUCCUUUAUGGCCUGAGGAUCACCACCACAGCUGCUUGUAUGAUGGACCUGCGAAGGUACCCCCUGGACCAGCAGAACUGCACACUGGAGAUUGAGAGCUAUGGUUACACAGUUGAUGACAUUGUCUUCUUCUGGCAAGGAAAUGAUUCUGCUGUCACAGGGAUGGAGGUGCUAGAACUGCCCCAGUUCACCAUUAUCGAGCAGAGGCUGGUCAGCAGGGAAGUGGUCUUCACCACUGGUUCAUAUCUGCGCUUAUCCUUGAGUUUCCGGAUUAAAAGGAACAUUGGUUACUUCAUCCUGCAGACUUACAUGCCAUCUAUUCUCAUCACCAUCCUGUCCUGGGUCUCUUUCUGGAUCAAUUAUGAUGCUUCUGCUGCACGAGUGGCACUGGGGGUCACCACUGUACUUACAAUGACUACCAUCAACACUCAUCUGCGAGAGACUCUUCCCAAGAUCCCCUAUGUCAAGGCUAUUGAUGUGUAUCUCAUGGGCUGCUUUGUCUUCGUGUUCCUGGCGCUCCUGGAAUAUGCUUUUGUCAACUACAUAUUCUUUGGGAGAGGCCCUCGCCAGCAAAAGAAACAGAGUGAACGGAUCAGCAAGGCCAAUAACGAGCGCCACCGCUACGAGGAGAAGAGGGUGAGAGAGCAGGUUGACCCUUACGGCAACAUCCUCCUCAGCACUCUGGAGAUGAACAACGAGCUCCUGGCCACGGACAUGAUGAGCAGCGUCGGCGACUCUCGAAACUCUGUCAUGUCCUUUGAAGGCUCAGGAAUCCAGUUCCGCAAGCAGCUGGCCUCUCGGGACGGGUUUGGUCACCACCCCACCCUGGACCGCCACGUCCCACUGACCCACCACGCUGCGGCCCGCAGCCGGGCCAACUGCCGCCUCCGCCGGCGGUCGUCGAAGCUGAAGCUCAAAAUCCCAGACCUGACAGACGUCAGCACCAUUGACAAGUGGUCACGAAUCAUUUUUCCAAUCACCUUUGGAUUCUUCAACCUUGUUUACUGGUUGUACUAUGUAAAUUGAUGCCUGCAGCCGCCGAGAGAGAUAGGGACAGACACUCAGACAAUGACAACACAGGAGUGUUGUGGUCUUUUUGGGUUUGGGUUUUACUCUUUGCUCUCAUGAUCAUUUAUUCCUUUGAUUCAUUAGGUUUAUUCUAAGCUUACCGUUCUCUUUUCAGCACAUGUAGGACCAUGGAGUAUGUGUGUGGGGGGUAA